UCGGAGGCUUAUGCUAAUUGCGGUCUCCCGACUGGCCUUCUGGGUAGAGUCUGCGCGAGUGGGAGUGGAGCGAGUCGCUCGGUCUCGACAGCAUUCACCCCCCCACUCCCCGAACGUACGCACGGCUCCGUGCGAGGCUCCGUCCGACCGGGCUGCUCGUGUUUCACGCCACACGCUUCUUUUUUUUUUCCUUUUUUUUUUUCUUCUUCUCCGUCUUUUGUCGGCUGCUUCCUCUUCUUCGGCGGCGUGCUGAAGAGUGGAACCGGGCGAACGCGAGGCGGAACUACGACCGGACCGGAGCCAGCCCCUCCUCCGCCGGCUAGCUCGAGCCCAGCCGGCCCAUCGGGCAGACGACACGACGGACGGACUCCGCGCGGCCGGCCGCCCGCCCGCCAUGGAGUGACGGAGACGAGAGCCGAGUAGGACGGCGUGCUCCGCUCGAAGCUAACAUGGCGCUGCCGCCGACGCCGCCGCGAGUUUCGUCCGAGCUGAGUUGAUUUUUUCCUCGGACGUCGCCACCUGUAUGUCCUCGGUGGACCCACCGGUGCUUUCGCGGACACUUCAAGCAAGCUCGACGGGAUUUUAAACACAAUCAAAUCGCCGCCCAGAGCCAACUAAAAACUGCACUUUUCUUAAAGGAUGACUUUCCUCUAGUUUUCUUUUAUUUCAAACGGAUAACCGGAUCGGCACUUUUUUUGGCAAAAAGAGGACAAAAAAAAACUGCACAAGUUGACUGGAAGUGACGCCGAAUUACCCAGCUUCUCCUCACGCGGGUCGCGGGCGUGCUGGAACCUAUCCCAGCUAUCUUUGGGCGAGAGACGGGGUACACCUUGAACUGCUUGCCAGCCAAUGUAUAUGUUACGGGUUACUUCUGUUCGUGAUGUCGAUGCAGAGACACAAACCAAUCUGGAACUAAGACAAGGGAACCAGAUCACACAAAAUAUGGUGGAUGCAAGGUUGACGCCUCUGGCGGCGAUGGGGCUGGACCGAGGCACCCUGAUCCACGAUGGUCUUCGCCUCCAUGGUGGCGUUGUGUACCCAGGGAUCAGAACGCUGCAGACAGAGAAGAAUAGAGAGGCGGCCGUUCUCCCAUUGGGUUACAACAGGGAUGGUCUACCUGACCUUGUCUACAAGCCGGAUGGCCCUCUGGACAGUCGUAAACCCUCUAAUGGAUACCUGGGCCUCUAUAAGGGCAUCCCUCCUAAUCUCCACAAGCCGGUGCUGAUUCCUGGAGCAGAGGGUUUAAGCUUGGAACGACGUCUGGCACCUGGGGAAAAAGCACCUGAAAUGAGCUUGGCGAGCACUGGCGGUAGCUACCUCCGUCUGCCGUGGCUCAACCCUUACCCAGAAGCGAGCAUGUAUCCCUUCAUGGACUCAUCCAAAUAUGCCGCUCUGAACAUGUACAAAGCUUCGUUGCUCAGCCAACCCAACCCCUACCUUCCCCAGCAUCUGGCCUACCCUUCUCUUUGUGCACCCCAAGGUGGAAAUGUCAACCCUGUUGCAGUCACGUCUGCGGCUGAAAGGCUCUACUAUAUGCCCACCUACCCACCUCCUACCAUGUCCUCUCCCCUGGUGGCGCCCCAAAUGAGGAUUCCUCCGGUCUCAGUGGCCCCCACGUCACUUGUGCAUUGCCAGGACAAGGGCCUCGGCGUAGCUCCUCCAUUUGUACAGCAGCUUCACCAACAUUCCCCUCUUCCGCAGCAUCAUCCGUCUGUCAUUGACAGGGAGCGAUCACCCAACAGGAGCACUCGACCAAGCAGACCUCCCUCUAGGACUGGCACCAGUGCCAACAAUAAUGCCAGUAUUACAAGCACAGGUGCUGCCAGUGGUGGAAAGAAUAGCCUGCCUUCUGACUCCUCACCUCAUGCAUCCUCUCGCCUCUCCCAAACUCUCAUUGAUAAUUCACUGGAUUUACAAAGGCCUGUCGCUAGGCUGGGACAACCGCCCGUCUCUUCGGCUUCAAUAUCUUCAUCGUCUGCCACGCAGCCCAUUUCUCAUCUGUUGUCUGUCAGCAGCAUGGCAUCAGAGCAACCCUCCCCUGCCAGGCCACGCCCAAAGGACGGGGCGCCGGGGGCUGAAAGGAGACAUAGCAGGUCACCCUCAAAGUCCAGUUUUGACAGGACCACUCACCAACCCCAAGCAACCAAAGAAUUGGCAGAGAAGCCGUUGGAUUUGUCUGGAAGAAUACUGGAGUUUGGACUUCCUAAUGGGUUCCCAAUUAAGAUGGACACUAUUGCUCCAGGUGCACGUUAUGGACUUCCCCCAAGUGGAGAACUCUUAAAAGAGAACCUAGCUCUCUCCCCCUCCUCACACCCUCACUCUGUGGUAAACAGCACUUCUUCAAAGGUCUCGGAGAGACCAGAGAUGAUCAGCACUUUACACUCCUCCUGGGUAGUACCCAGCCGGUCUCCCUCUCAAACUCAGCACGCCCCAGGCUUAUCCCCAUCUCCCAGAUCUAAUGCAGAUCUGGGAUCUUCACAAGUCAAAGGCUCCUCCCCCUCUGUCAUCAAACACAAGAAUCUGGAAAGAGUGCUCCCUCAGCCACGCAUCUCGUCUUGUCCGAGGAUAAGCGAGCCCAACUCUGUAUCGUCAGACUCCUCUCUCAUCACAGGCAGGGGUCUAUCGCCCAAAUCAAAUGGCGAUUGGGUCAAACACAGCCCUCUUCAAUCGGAACAUGUGCCAGUCAUGGGCCACCACAGAGAGGGAGCUGAGAAGUCCUCCCAUAAUGCUAAGCGAGCAGAAACGCUUCCAGAGGCGUCAUCGUACAAACGGCCUAUGUUGGAGAAUGGCCACCCGGCCGGCCCCCUUUACCUUCCUCAAAGUGACGCUUACCUAACCCACAGUUUGGCCUACGCCAAUAGAUACCUGCACUACCCCAUCACUGACAGUAUGGCACUUCACUCUCUGCCACUUGCAGGGAAAGGUCCCGUCUACCCUCACCCAGUGUUGCUAGGCAGCAAUAGCCUUUACCCCACCCACUUGGCAGCGAAACCCCCGUUACCCUACCACAAUCUACCGCCUGCUUCAGGAGGUGAAUACCUUUCUUAUAACUCACAGGAGAUGUCCCACCCACUAAUGCAGCCUCCCUCUGAUAACAAGCUUUCAGAAAGGGGGGAUGGCAGCCUGAAACUACGAGGACACGAGAAAUCGAGGAGUUCUUUUGAAGAAAGAGAGAAGAACAUGAGCAAGGAGAUGAGAGAAGGCAGCCAAAUCAAGUCAGAUAAAGAAGCAUCAGCACAAGGACAAAGUGGCAGUCGAACUAAAACAUCGUCUCCAUCUGUAACGUACCGAGAAAAGAUUGAAUGCAUUGACCUUGUCCACUCGGACACCGAUGCAGAGUCUACACCAACAGUCCAGAAACAACCCUCUGGUGGAUCCUCAGCUUUUGACCAAAACGAACGUUACCAUAGCAACCAAAACACAACAAGGGUGGAGUAUGAGCCAAAAUUUCACCUUUCCCAUCCUUAUCCUAUUCUCUCCGGACACAGCCCAACACGGAAACCCCAACCCACAGACAGACGGCAGGAAACGCACUAUGGAAAGCCAAAGGUUGUUCAGGACGCGGGCUGUCCUGGAGCAACAUCUAGCACAUCCCCAAAUGAUCCAGAGAAACUCUGCCAAGAACAAGAGGAAGACUCCUCAGAGGAACAGUGCCCCAGCCCUGACCCGGCAGACGACGACCAGAGCACCUUGCGGUGCGCCCGUACGUCCGGUGAGCGCAGCUCUGGUAAGGACAAGGGCGAGCGAGACAGCAGGGUUCCUCACUUUACUCCAAAUUGUACGCUUAUGGCCCAAGAGGCGAACCGGGACGUGUCGACGUGCAGAGACAUUGAAAAUGAAGACAGUGUGGUGGACCUCGGGGAGUCUCAAGGAGAGGGCGACGACGAGGACGAUUGCCAGAAUUCCAAAGGCUCUCGUCGUUCCAGUCUGGCCAAGAGAAUCGCCAACUCCUCUGGCUAUGUCGGAGACCGCUUUAAAUGCGUCACCACGGAGCUGUAUGCUGACUCCAGCAAGCUGAGCCGCGAGCAGAGAGCUCUGCAGAUGGAAGUCAUAUCACGAGAGGGGAGUAAUAUAAGUCAACCUGCAGCUAACUGGGAGCGGGCGAUGAUGCGGUUCUCGGAGCUGGAGCUGAAGGAGAAGGAGGGCGGCGGCUGUGUUGGCGGCGGCGGUGUGUGCGUGUCUGCGCCGACAGCGGGACGAGAGCUGGCGGACGGCCAACGCAGAGAGCGAGCGCUGGAACUCGCCCAAUAUGCCACCCGGCAGGGGGAGAGAGAGGGUGUUCUGCUGACGUACCCCAACAACUGUGUCCCAGUCCUUCAGAGGUGCGGCGCCCAGAGGGAGCCCGCCAGCCUGAGCGACAGCGCUCGCUGGCUCGGGCCGGACUCCGAAGGGGUCCCCCCCGCCUUGGCGGCGGCGGAGAGUGAGUCUCCCGAGGAGGCACUCUGUCAUGACUUUGGCGCCGGCAGGAAGCGCCUGCGCGUCCUCAAGGUGGAGCAGGACUCUGAGCAGGAGGAAGAAGAGAGGAUGUUCCAACCCCAGAAAAGAGCCAGGAUGUCUGCCGAUGAGCACGAGCAGAACAGUGCUGACGGGGACGAGGAGGACGACGAGGUGCGGAAGCUGAAAGUCUGCAUCGAGCUGAAGGGGCUGCGGCUUAGCAAGCCCGCCCAGGGGGGAGCCUCGCCUGAGCGCCCGCAGAUCAAACAAGAGCAUCAGUGGCCCCGCUUUCUGGGCCCGCCGCAGACCCAGCGAGAGCGUGACGAGCGAGCGCUGGCGCAGAGAGCCGACAUCAACAGGAAGUGGGGCUGCGAAAGGCUGCUCAACGGAGUCACUGCACCUCCCCUUCACCCCGGCAACCAGCUGAAGGACAGAGUGCACCCGCCGGGCCCCUUCUCAGGUGACCGUGGCCUCAAGGAGCCUCGGCGCGGCCCUCCCUCCCCGGGCGCGGAGGCCUCGCUGGGAGGCGCCCCUCCCCUCAAGCUGCGUCGUCAUAGCGACACGGACAAGCCCAAGGGCAAGCGGCCGUGCAAGACCAAACACACCGGCCAGCGGGAGCGUGAGAGGAGGAAAGAGGCUACGCCUAACAGCCCUGGCCAGCGAUUCCCUGCUGAUCUGGGAACAGCUGAGGACGACAAGCCGAGUGAGCAGCGAGAGGCUCCGAGGAAGCGAGCUGCCUCUCCUAAUCAUUAUCCCUGCUCUCCAGUCAAGCCCUGCUCCCCCGCUGCGCUCUGUCCGCCCCCGCCGCAGCAGCCCCAGGCCAACGGCAGAGCGGGCGCCGUCCCCCCAGAGGUCACCGGGGCGCACCGGAUGCCCGCUGCCGACUCCCCGGUGGUGCGGCCCAUCCCGCCCGAAGCGCGCCGCCUGAUCGUGAACAAGAACGCCGGCGAGACGCUCCUCCAGAGAGCGGCGCGUCUGGGCUACGAGGAGGUGGUGCUCUACUGCCUGGAGAACCGAGUGUGCGAGGUGAACCACCGAGACUAUGCCGGCUACUGCGCCCUCCACGAGGCCUGCGCCCGCGGCUGGCUCAGCAUCGUCCAACACCUGCUGGACUACGGCGCCGACAUCAACUGCAGCGCGCAGGACGGCACCAGGCCCAUUCACGACGCGGUGGAGAACGACCACCUGGACGUGGUGCGCGUCCUGCUGUCCUACGGGGCCGACCCCACCCUGGCGACGUACUCCGGCCGGGGCCUCCUCAAAAUGAGCCACAGUGACAUCAUGGAGCGCUUCCUCACCGAUUAUUUUGCUGACCUUCAGGGGCGCGCAGAUGACGACCCCGGCCUUUAUUGGGAAUUCUACGGCAGCGCGGUGUGUGAGUCUGCCGAAGAGGGCGGAGCCUGCGACAUCCUGGCCGACCCGCCGGGUCCCGACGAUGACGAUGAGGACGGCAGGAGGGAGGUGUUUGAGUUUGAGUUCUCCGACCGGCCCUUGCUGCCGUGCUACAACAUCCAGGUGUCCGUCUCUCACGGGCCUAGGAAUUGGCUGCUCCUGUCCGAUGUGCUCCGCCGGCUGCGCAUGUCGGCCCGCGGUUUCCGGCAGGCCUUCCCCCACAUGGAGGUGGUGACGGUGUCCGAGGCAGAGUUUUACCGGCAGGCCUCGCUGUCGCAGCUCUUCUCGUGCCCCGAGGAGCUGGAGGGCUUCCAGCCGGACAGCAAGGAGCUGCUGGACCUGGUGGAGGACAGCGCCGAGCUGGCCGCCCUGCUGGGUUCCUCGCUGGAGUGCCUGGACGACCGCUGGGAGCAGGCCAGGGACAAGCUGAAGGACAGGAUCAAGGCGGCCGGCCAGGUGGGCCUCAUCCUUAACCCGGCUCACGACAAGCACUGACCUCCUUCGGCCUCUCGGGCUGCGGUUGGCUUUUCCGGUCCGGCGGGAGUCGGGAUGAUGGCCACAGUUCCCCGCCAGGCGCUGUACAUAAACACUUUUGGACCUGCUGGCUGACCCGGCCUGUGUUAGCUUAGCCAUACCCUUGACUCUCAAUAACUGAUGGUCGUAUUUUUUAUAAAUUAAUAUAUGUACAAAUAAAUAUAAAUAUAUGUAUGUAUGUACGUGUGUGUGUGUGUGUGUGUACAUAAAGAUUUUUUUUCUUGUUUCUGAUAAGCGGACGGUGUGUGAGUGCAGCACAUCAUGCAUGUGUGCUGUUGAAUGUGCUAUUUGAGUUCACAGGGAGCACAUGAUGUACAAUUCUUUUUGUUUUCUUUUUUUUUUUCCUUUCAUUUUUUUAAUGUUAAAAUUGUGCUUCCUGUCCAGUCUGUAAUUUAACACGCGGAGUACAGCGUUGAUUGUAUUAUAGUUUUAUUGUGAUACUGAUUCACCCUUUGGCAAAGAGCUUGUGUAUAUAUCUAACAGUGAGGCUACUGCAGUAAAUCAACCUUUUUUGGGGAUGUUCAUUUUGUUUUGUUUUAACUUUGUAAUUAAAAUAUCUCCUAAUUUGUAUUUAUAUUUUACAAAAAGAAGUUGCUUUAAAAAAAUAAAUAUACAAACUGCAAGAUGAAA